AUGGUGCAGGCUAGAAAUAAUGCACGGAUUAUGAUCGCUGGCUUUUUAGAUAUGUUCAGUAAUGGAUUGUUCAAAUCAGUAUUAACUUGUAUUCUUGAUCUUCAGGCUGUUAAUGUCAGACAUCACAAAGUUGGGGAAAUAGAUGAGCCUGCAAUUUAUAGGAUUAAUGAUGACCUGGAAUACUCUAUUGAGAUUUUUGAGUGGUCUGGAACAAAUUGGGAACCAUACGUGUCUAAUGAUGUUCAAGUGCAGUUCUACAUGAUGAGCCCUUAUGUGUUGAAAACCUUAUCAACCAAUCAGAAGGGGCUGUACAUCCUGAUAAUCUUAAAAGAGAUGAUUAAGAUUAUCAACCAAUCAUAAAUAUUCCUGAUUCAUGGAGCUGCGGGAUUGGCCAGUUAUGUGGAGACGCUUUUACGGAAACCCAACACUGAAUUUAAUGUAUGUUACUUUAUUUCUUUGUCAUAUUUCCACUUCUAACAAAUUAUUUCUAUCACGUGCCAAAAUUUUACACCAUGUAUUUAUAAGUUUAUAUUUUCAUGUGGACUGCUUGCUUUUCAGUCUUAUUCUCUCUGGUUAGUAGAGGUAUUUGUUCUCAUGUCACCAAGUCAGCACUGUUGGAUCAUAUUUUUAUACUCCUUCAGAUUUUUUAUUCUUGAUGAUUUUAAUUACACUCCAUCAAUAGGGUCUCUGGUAAUUUUUUGGUACUGAUUGUCACGAGAUUAGGGAGUAAUGGUUUUGAUGACAU